CCCAGUUCGUCCAUCUCGUACUACUCUCUAGUAUUGGAGCUGCUCUUCCUCCCCGUUCCUCCCCCUGUACUCCUCGUCAUACUUCUUCCGAUCUAUCGAGACGAUAAAGUUGUACUCGCGCAUCCAACGAGCCAUCAGCUCGUGGUCCUACACACACACACACACACAGACCUGAUCCAUCGCCUUUUGUGUCUGUCUGUGGGUCUGCUUACGUCGCGAAGGAGCAUCGCGGCCGCCCUGGGCCUUUUGAGUGUGUCGGGUGUCAUCCUCAGUAGGUGGCCGUGGAUGCGGUGCAGCAGCCGACCCUUGUAGUGCUGCACAUAGUGCCAGAGCCGCAGAUUCUCACCACAUUGGCUGCCUGCAGACAGACAGACAGACAGACAAGACGGCCAGCCAGAUGAAUGUGGAGUGGUGUCUUGUGCCGUGUGUGUCUGUCUGUGCGCCUCUGCCACUGCUCCCCUCACCAACAUCAAGCUCCUUGUCGUUCGGUCCGGCAAUGACGCGCUGCUUCUGAGGGCCCUCCUCUGGCCAAACACACACACACACACACACACACAAUGUGUAUGUGUGUGUGCGUCUGCAUCCGUGCCACCGACUCACUCACUCACCUUGUCCGGCGAGGGAUUUAAUCCUGUGCUGUCCGGUGGUGUAGAAGGGGAAGGCGGGGUCCCUGAAAUUCAUACACCCACCGCCACCACCACCACCACUAGCAGGUGCCGGAUCUGAGAAAUUCCACCAAUGUGUGUUCAUGUACGGCGGGGCUGUGUGUGAAUCGGUCAGUGUCAGUCACUCAGUCACCUUGUGCGUCUGGGAAGGCAUGGCUGCCCAGCCACUCCAGACCUAACGACCCUGACACACGAUAAGAUAAAGACAGACAGAUGGGAUGGCGGGAGCAGGGAGGGAGCAGCGACUCCUACUUACGAUGAAAGGAGCGCAACUCGUCCCUCCAAAGGCCAUCUGCACACACACCACAGAACGAGAGAGAGAGAUGUGUGGUGUGUCGGCCCUGUCAGUCAAGCAUUCCCGCUGACUUGAGUCGUAGUUGUGUCCCGUGAGGACGAUGGCCUUGUGUAUGCCCACCCUGUGGCAUGCGUCACACCUGGCAGUGAGGCUGUCGAGGGUCUGCCAGUAGACCCGCAGCUUGGGGUAGGCCGCCACGGCGUUCCGCACCAAGUGCGGCCAACGACUCGAAUCCAAAUGCGAGCCUUGUUUGGUCUUGAGGAGGUCUUCUACCUUCUUCCGCCCGCUCUCGUAGUACUCAAUGCCCUCGUAGCUCUCAGGCUCUGCAAUUCACCCACCCACCCCACACACACACCAACAGACAGACACCCACGCACCAUGUGGCAGUGCUGCAUCCCUGAUUGCGAUGCAUCACUUGAUUGACUUGUGUGUCUUUCUUCGUCCACUACCUGCCUCCAUCUGCUUGUGCAGCCACCUGACGAAGGUCAGCAGCCGACCCCGGCCACUUUCAAGGGACAGCGCCCAUCGGCAAUACCCCCUGCACACACACACACACACACACAAGAAUACAGCGACCAACGUGUAUCCUCCCUCUCUCAUGAGAGCAUGCCUGUGUCUGUCUGGUCUGUCGGUGGGUACCCACCUGUGUUGUCUCCAUAUGGUUGAGAAGUGCUUGCCCUUGUGCUUGCCGAAGGUCGCCACGGGGUCGCCAUCCAGGUCCACCUCACUCAGAUCGUCAUAGAACUCGUCUCCAACACGGUACCUUGCGUCAUCACUCAAGCUCUCCUCCCCAUCGCUCUCCCCCUCCCCCUCGCCCUCCCUCUCCCCCUCGGCGUCGCUAUCGUCGUGUUGCUGUCGGCCUUUCUGUCCCUUCCGCCUCUUUCUGCGUUUCCGCUCCUCCCGCCUUCGCCGCCUCGCCUCCUUGUCCAGCUGCUCCUGGCGCUCCUCGUAGAACGAGUACUUGAGAGUCGGCGACAUGAGCAGCAGAGCCAAGUACUCCACAUACCUGACCCACACACACAACGGGGCAGAUGGAUGUGUGGACCGAGGCCGCAAGGGUAAAGGCGUAGCUGACCGACCGUUUGAAUGCCUUCUUGGGAGUGAUGUUGUCCUCUGGGCGGCCGGCGACUCCAGUGGGCCGCUUUUCCAUCAUCUUUCUAUGAAAGGCGAGGAUGUUGUCUGGCUCGCUCUCCUCCCCACUCUCGCUCUCCUCCUCGCUGCUGCUGUGGCCACUGCUCUCCUCUGGGCUAUCUUCGUCCUUCCGUUUCUCGGCCGAUUUCGUGAGCCGGCGACUCGGUGGUGGCUGCUCUGCCUCCUCUUCCUCGCCGCUCUCGCCCUCGUCCUGCUCAGCCCCGCUCUCCUCCUCCUGCUCAUCGGGCUCCUCAUCAUCCCUGAUAAGUCAAUCCAUGCAUGUGUAUGUGCAUCAGGGCAAGAAAGAGGCAUGUACGUUGUCUUCAUGUCAGUGCGUACCUGGCGAUGAAGUCGUCAUCGUCUUCGUCAUAGGAGUCCUCAUCCUCCUGCUCGCCACGCUUGCGGGCAAAAUCACUACUGUAAGACAAAAACUGCACAGACAGACAGACGAGCGAGUGUCGUCAAAUGUUGGUUAGGUCAAGCUGGCCCUACAGAGUUGCGCUUGGUGGGUGCGGCUCUCGACGCGCGAGGUGAGGAGACAGACACGCGGCGCUGCUUGGGCCGGGAGGGCUUCGUCUUCUUGUCCUGCCGCCGCUUCCUCUUCUUCUUCUUAUGUGUGUCCGCCUGCUGCUCCUCGUCGUCGUCGUCGUCGUCGUCAACAAUGAACUCAUCCGUGUCAUACCCCUCAUCUGACCAACCACACACACACACACACACAGAGAGAGAGAGAGGGCAAAUGGCAAGUCAGUGGCCAAUGUGGUGUAUUGUGUUGCCUCACCCUCUUCCUCGUCGUCAUCUUCAUCCCCGCCAUCCAUCGGCUCAUCCUCGUCGUCGGCGAGGCCCUUCUUCUGCCUCGUCCGCUGCGACAACCUACUCAGCCUCAAGUGGCGCUCAGAUGCUGACAACUUCGCAGUCGGCGAGGAAGUGGCAGCAGCGGCGGCGGCGGCAGCUGGCUGCUCCUCUCUCCCCGCCUCAUCGCUAGGCGGACGCUUCAGCCUUCUCCUCUUGGUGGUGGACUCCCCUUCCGGCUUCAUGUCCCUGUCAGAGCCUUCAGGCGAUUCCUCUUCAACCUUCCUAAGCCGUGAACGCCGAGGGGCGCGCUUGCCUCUGUCGGCGCUGCCUCCCCGUUUAGCCACCAUGUCUGCGAUGAGUCGAGCGUCGAAAAUUGA